GUUUUUGCCACUGAUCAAGCACCGCGAACGCUGAAGGUUCUUUCUGGCACAGAUGACAUUCGAUGCAAUGCACAAACAGCGACCCCAUUUCGCGUCACGAAUCAGAUUAUAGUGACCCGGUAGUUCUAUCCACUCAGAAUCAGAUUGAAAUUCAGAUAUCGCCCUCACAGAGGACUCAACGUCAUUCAUUCUUUAUUCGCUACUUGUCUUCCGCACAGCUCCUGAUUGUUUGUGAGCGUAGUAUCGGCGCCAUGUUGGGCGUGGGCGUUCGUCUUUGCAGCAGAACGAGCACGCGAGUUGUCGCCUCACCAGCAGUUUCACCUAGCUCCACUUGUGACGAGACUCGAUUUCUCAUAUGUCGACGUCUGCAAAAGUCAUGCCAUUCUGUCCUGAAUAAACGGACGCUCAGCAGCCAAAAAAAGGCGGCCGCGUCGCCCAACUAUGGAAAAAAAGCUGCGAGGCAGUCGGGGCAGACCAGUGCCAGAGCAAACUCAACACCCCCACCGCCCGCAACUCCGCCACCGCCGGCCGCUAUGUAUGACUCGUCGCAAGCGCCUCCCGCUAUGUCGCAGCAUCCAUUUGGAGGUACUAGGCCAACGACCAGCAAUCCGGUGGCAAUGAUUUUUGCGGGUAUGUUUGGAACGCUUGUGAUCGCAAUCAUGAUGCAGCGAAUCUGGCCAAGAAAAAUAACGGUGGUACACAAAGACAGAGAUGGUUACGUUGUCGAUCCCGCGACAGGGCGGCGUCUGUGAGCAGUCGUAAAGCAAAGUAAUCUCAUGCGUGUUGCAAAAAAGAAACGAAAUAAAUGAAAAUCCGCGUUCUUUAUUGUGCCUCUGUCUCGAGGGUUGAAGCUACGCAGCCCAAAAAACGAGAGACUACGCAAAGGGAAAAGCAAAUUACACAUGCUGUCGACGAGAUGAGUUUUGCUUUGGCCAAACCGAGAUCACGUUUGAUUCUUGCUC